AUGGGGUUCAAUUGGAGCUUACCGUUUGGCGGAUUGGGGGGUUCGAUUGGGGAACCGGAUGCAGCGCCUGUUCAUUCCAUUACAUUGUUCGUGGCGCUCCUCCUCACUUGCAUUCUGAUUGGUCAUCUUCUCGAGAAGAGCCGGUGGAUGAAUGAGUCCAUCACUGCUCUUGUGAUUGGUGUCGUUACUGGAAUUCUUAUCCUUGUGACAACUGGGGGAAAAAGCUCGCGCAUUUUGAUUUUCGAUGAAGAGAUUUUCUUCAUCUAUCUUCUUCCUCCCAUCAUAUUCAAUGCUGGGUUCCAGGUGAAAAAGAAACAGUUCUUCCGCAACUUUAUGACAAUCACAUUGUUCGGUGCUGUUGGGACUUUGAUAUCAUUUGUCAUCAUAUUCCUUGGAUCAAGGAAGUUAUUUAGUAUACUGGGCAUUGAUUUCUUGGACACAAUGGACUUUCUAGCUCUGGGAGCAAUUUUUUCAGCAACAGACAGCGUUUGCACCUUACAGGUGCUCAGUCAGGAAGACACACCUUUACUGUACAGUUUAGUGUUCGGGGAAGGGGUGGUCAAUGAUGCCACAUCUGUUGUUCUUUUCAAUGCGAUCCAGCGCUUUGACCUCUCCCACAUUACCUCAAGCAUAGCUUUACAGUUGCUUGGCAGCUUUUUAUAUUUGUUUUUCACAAGUACCUUGCUCGGCAUUGCUAUUGGGUUACUGAGUGCUUACAUCAUAAAGAAGCUUUACUUUGGCAGGCAUUCUACUGAUCGUGAAGUUUCUCUGAUGAUGCUCAUGGCAUAUCUUUCAUAUGUUAUGGCUGAAUUGUUUGAUCUAAGUGGCAUCCUCACUGUGUUCUUCUGUGGAAUUGUAAUGUCACACUAUACGUGGCAUAAUGUGACUGAAAGCUCAAGAGUCACUACCAAGCAUGCUUUUGCAGCAUUGUCAUUCAUAUCAGAAAUUUUUAUAUUCCUGUAUGUCGGUAUGGAUGCCUUGGAUAUCGAGAAGUGGAGGAUUGUUGCCAAGAGUCCGGCAACAUCAGCUGGUGUGAGCUCAGUAAUGCUUGGGAUGGUUCUUUUAGGGCGAGCAGCUUCUGUCUUCCCUCUUUCCUUUAUAUCCAAUUUGUUUAAGAAGUCUGACAAUGAUAAAAUUCAAUUCAAGGAGCAGAUUAUCAUAUGGUGGGCUGGACUCAUUAGAGGAGCUGUUUCCAUGGCACUUGCUUACAACCAGUUCACGAGGGCAGGAUACACACAGCUACAAGGAAAUGCGUUUAUGAUCACCAGCACCAUCACAAUUGUUCUGUUUAGUACUGUGGUGUUCGGGUUAGCAACCAAGCCUCUUAUUAGGUGGUUGCUACCAGGCCACACGGCAAGGAGUUCAGAGCUAGAAGAUGAUGCGAAAGCUCUUUCUCUACCUCUUCUUGGGAUCAGCCAAGAUCCGGGAGCAGAGACGAGUACUGAUAACAUUCAGCGCCCAGUGAGUCUACGCAUGCUUCUGACCAAGCCGACUAAUACCGUACAUUACUACUGGAGAAAAUUCGACGAUGGUUUUAUGCGCCCUGUGUUCGGAGGGAGAGGUUUCACACCUUUCGUUCCAGGAUCGCCGAUAGAGAGGAGCCUUCAUGGCGGCAAGUAG